AUGGCAGGCCAGUGCGGAGGAAUAGGAUGGACGGGCUUCACGACUUGCACACAAGGAUGGUUCUGCCAAGUCCAAGGAGCGUAUUACAGUCAAUGCGCAGCGUCGCCUAUCCCAUCAGGGGACCAAGUACCUGAUGGUCAAUGUGCGGGUCAGACGUAUACGGGUUUGACGCAGUGCUCGCCUGGGUAUUUUUGCAGUUUUCAUGAUAUAUAUUACUCGCAGUGUAUUCCUGUUCCGUAUACUGUGGGCUUGAGUACUUCGGCUGUUGGAUCGCUUUCUACCCUGGUAGCUUCUAGCAGUCCUUCGGUGGUUGCAACGGUUCUUGUGUCCGUUCAAUCCAGUUCAAAGGUGUCUUCGUCUUCGACGACGGCUUCAAGUAUCUCCACUUCCCGAACUCUGUCUUCCUCCAGCAGCAUAAAGUCCACAAGUCUUGUCAGUACUCUAUCGUCUUUGUCCUCAGUGAAGGCAUCCAGCAGUUCCUCCGUCCAGACUCUGUCUUCUUCCAGCAGCGUAAAGUCCACAAGUCUUGUCAGUACUCUAACCUUGUCGUCCUCGGUGAAAGCUUCAAGCAUCUCUACUAUCCGGACUGUGUCUCCUUCUAGUACUACAAACCUUACGAGUAUUGUCAGCAGUCCAUCCUCUUCAACAAAGAGUACUGGCCCCACCAAUCAGCAAUCGUUGUUUUCCUCCUCUUCGAGCAGCAUAAAGUCAACAAGAUACAGUGCCACACUUUCCAGUGUGACCUCAAGCUCAGGCGUUUCGAACUCCAAGUCAACCAGCGCCCAGUUAUCGAGCACAAAGCAGUCCAGUACAUCAAUCUCCAGCGUGCAGGUAUCUAGUACCAAGUCAUCAAGCACUUUCACUACAUCCAUAGUCUCUAGUACGAAGUCAUCAUCCACUUCAACAUUGUUGUCGUCGUUAAGCUCAACCACACCGCUCAGCUGCAAGACUUCAAACCCACCUCCGCCAAGUGCAGGAAAGGUUCAGUUUGCUGGUAUCAAUAUUCCUGGUUGUGAAUUUGGUGGUGACAGUAACGGCUAUCAAGUUCCAACAGGACCAUCAAGAGCUUACUGUCCUCUUGGUCCCACGCAUGGCCUCCCAGAUGGCCCAGGCCAAAUGGUACACUUCGUUGGUCAAGACGGAUUCAACAUAUUUCGUCUUCCUGUCGGUUGGCAAUUCAUCACGAACAGUCAAUACAAUGCUAUAUCCACUUUAGAUCCCACGAACUCCGCUAUGUAUGAUUUUCUUGUGCAGUCAUGUUUGGCAACUGGAGCUUAUUGUUUGAUCGAUUUCCACAACUUUGCGAGAUUCAAUGGCGCAAUCAUUGGCCAAAGGGGUCCAACCGAUGCUGUCUGGGCCGCAAUUGCAUCGAAGUAUAAGGGCCAAAGCAAAGUAGUCUUCGGCCUCAUGAACGAGCCUCACGAUGUUCCAAGUAUCACCACCUGGGCGGCAUCCUGUCAGGCAGCAGUCACAGCCAUUCGCAAUGCCGGCGCAACAACGCAAAUCAUCCUUCUACCAGGCAAUGAUUGGACGUCCGCACAAACAUUCGUAACAGAUGGCUCGGGGCCAGCAUUGAGCAACGUCACAAAUCCUGAUGGAUCAUUCACCAAUCUUGUCUUCGAUGUACACAAGUAUCUAGACUCUGACAAUAGCGGAACGCAUAUCGACUGCGUGGAUAGCGAUAUCAGUACGGCUUUUGCGCCACUAGCUCAGUGGCUAAGAUGCAAUGGAAGACAAGCUUUGUUGUCCGAGAUUGGAGGAGGUUCUGUAGCGAGCUGUGAGCUUUAUGUUUGCGAGGCUAUUGCAUACUUGAAUGCAAAUUCUGACGUUUACCUGGGAUAUCUUGGCUGGGCCGCUGGCUCUUUUGACACUUCUUACAUUCUUGCGGAAACGCCGACUUACAGCAAUGGUAUUUGGACGGAUACAUAG